AUGACGACUUCAACCGCAACGUACCAGAUGAAGAGCUGCUGGAGGCUGUGGGCCGGUUUUUGCCACCGUCAGCACCUUCCUCGCCAGAAGAACCUACCUCUCGCGAUCCGAAGCCUCCUCAUCUGCAAGUCCUGGAGCUCGGCUGCGGACGGGGGAUUGACGUCCGGGAGUUGCAGAGGCGGCAUGCCAGACAUUUUUACAGUUUUACGGCUUCAGAUCGAGACAUUACAAAUGCAAACGCUCCGGGAAAUCGUGAAGAUGUUGACGCGGACAACGGUAAGAAUGAAAAAAACCGGAACAAGAGCAUCACUUUCAUCAACCACGCGCUACCCGAAAAGCUUCCCUUCGGUGACAAUUCUUUCCGGCUAA